GUCGUUUCUAACCGGUCGUAUUUGACAGCGACACCACCACAGCGCAGUUAUGGCUUCGAGUGACGGAAACGAUUAUUUUAAACGGACCAGUCCGUUUUGGGUCGUCACUGUUACAGUGGCAGUUGGGUACUUUUCCUUCACUGUGUUUGCGCCAGAAAAAAUCCCAUUUGAUCACCUUGGUCCGUUUGGCAGCUUCUGCAGAUACCUUGUGGAUAACCAUGCUGACCUAAUGUACAAAGGGUGGUGGGCUGCCUUCGCUGCUCAUGUCUUUGAAGGCAUCUAUGCUUUAAAGGUGUGCAGAAACAAAGGCAUCAGCAGCCCAACCACUCGCUUCUUGUGGUUCUUCCAAACCUUUCUGUUUGGCUUCGCCUCCCUUGGCCUGCUGCUCAAGUACGACCCGAAGCGCCUCAAAAAGCACUGAUCCCGGCAGUCGGAGCCUUCAGAGCAAUCCAGCUGAAUCUUUCCAUUCCUGGUGACUUUUCCCAAGGACCCAAGCCCUCCUAUUUUAAGUGUUAAACUGAUUUUAUACACUACAGAUGUAAUUACUGAGUCUAUUAUGACCUUUAAUUUACUAAUGCAUUUAUGUUUUAACUACAUUCCAUUUAUUUUCUAUGAAAAAAGCUGGAGAAAAAUUCAGGAAAUGUUAGGAUUUAUGUUUCAAUUUUUUUUAAUUAAUAAUGUCGACAGAAGUUGUUUGAUUAAUCUGUCUUAAGAUAGAUUUCAUGUGCAAUACAAUACGAGUCCUAAAUGAAUCAUUUUAAGCUCUAAUGGUUGAUGAUGUUUACAGUCAGCCUUCAAGGUGGCAAUAAAUAUUUCUCAACUGCGGCUCAGUCGUAGCGUCAGGCACGUUUGCUCUACAGGUACGCUGCUGUUGGCUCAAAACAGGGAAAAGGAGAUGUCUUCAUAUUUACCUCUGUCACACUAAGGUGCUUUCACUUCUACUGGAAGUCUUCAAUAAAAAGUCAUUUGCAAACCCG